GGAAUGUUAUCCCCGGAAGUGAUGUUCGGAGUGGAUCAUGAAUUAGAUUGUUAAUAUUUAUUCCUUCAGUGAAUUAAGCUUUCUUUGUUAUGACUAUCUAGGGACAAGUUGUAAACGAAGAAACAUUGAGCACCUGUAUCCAGAUCAAGUAACAAUUUUAGUUUAGUUUUCUUAUUCGUUCAUCUUUCUCGAUUUUGGAACGAACGUAAAUCUUGAAAUUCUACAUAUGAAUCGAUCAAAAAGUAAACUACCUGUAAAACGGCAAAGACCUACCACAUCUACGGCUUCAACUAUAAAAACAAAGGUAGCCAGAACUACGUCCGUGACUCCAUCCGCGCAAUUACAUAGCAUCACUGUCACAGCUGCUGCUACAGGUUCAGCGGUGCCAUCAUCAAUGAAAAUAAUAGAUGGACCCAAGAUCUCAAAUCCAGCUACUGAAGCCAAAUUGGAGGCUAUUAAGGAGAAAGAGAAGGAAGUAGAGGGAACAAACAAAGUCAAAAAUAUGAGUGCGGAUAUGUUGAGCUAUUUCCGGACCCUAACAGACAACAUUAAAGAAUUAGCUGAAGAUGCCCAAACAGUAGGUAAAAGUUUAGAAAACUGGCACCAUGUAUUCAACAUGAUGAGCGAAAUGAAUAGAGCAAGUGACGAUGGACCUAAAGACAGUAAAAUAUGGGUUCGGUAUAGAACGAAUAUAAUGGACAAGGCUACUUAAUGAGAUGCUCCAUACACCCUGUACUUACAUUAUCUACUAGCUAACUCUCCUAUAAACAAUAUUAUACCCAAGAAUCUCUUCUCUUAUUCAACAUUUUGUUACCUAAUAAAAUGCGUGCUA